GCUCUCCCGAGAAGAAUUUCCAAUCCAUACCUGGAACAUACUUCUUCCCAGAUUUAUGGGGAGAAUUCCUCUUGUGCAGGAAGAGCAUUGAGGAAUAUUAUCAUCGUUCAGGCAGCUGACCUGAUAAAGGACAGAGUGAACCUCAAGGGAUUUUACAGGAGAAGCUGUGUUGGGUCAGAACUGGUGGACUGGCUGCUGGAACACUGUCCUUUCGUCCAGUGCAGAUCCAUGGCCAUCGGGGUCUGGCAGCUCCUACUGGACAUGGGGAUUAUGUCAUCAGUGGACCAGCAUCUGUACUUUCAGGAUACCUAUGUUUUCUACCAGUUCUCAUCUGACGAGUGUAGCUACUUGUACUGUGAAUUUGAACGAGAAGAGGAGUGGCAGAAUGGGGUGAAGCAGUUACUGCAGCUGGUGCCUCUCAUUCGCACCAGGGCUGGCAUCUGCGACCUGUCUCAUCGGAAAAUUGAAGACUCGGUAGAAAGCAGUGAUGAAAUCCUUGCCCGUCUGACAUCUGCGGUGCAGAGAGAGCUAGCAGCUGUUAUUGCUUUGAAAGCCAAGAAGUCUGCGAUUGGACAAGAUGAGGAAAGCAGCGACAAACCUGUAACUGUGGCCGAAGCUGACAGUGUUCCAGAUCCUCAGGCAGGAGUGAUGUGCAGGCUUCAGGGGAGAGAUGACAUCGGACGAAUCGAGCUGGUCCAGAAGCUGGCGAGAGAAAACUGUCAGUUUUUGCAGACAGACAAAAAGGAACAGGAGAAAUCUGAACACCAGGAUGUUGAAGUGACGACUGUUAGAGAGCAAGAGCAGAACGUCCUGGUGCUGAGGAAAGUGCAGCGCUGUGGCCCGGCCCCCCCAGGCGGGAGCGCAGACGGCGAUGGGAGAUACGUGGUCGUGUCCGGGACCCCAGAGAAGAUCCUGGAGCACCUUUUGAAUGACUUGCACCUGGAAGAAGUCCAGGACAAAGAAACAGAGACCCUCCUUGAUGACUUCCUUCUCACGUACACCGUCUUCAUGACAACCGACGACUUGUGCCAGGCGCUGCUGAGGCACUAUUCUGCUAAGACAUAUCAAGGCAAAGAAGGAAACUCAGAUGUCCCCUGUCGGAAACGCAAGGUCUUACAUCUUGUCUCCCAGUGGAUUGCUCUGUACAAAGACUGGCUACAUGAAGAUGAACAUUCGAAAGUGUUUUUAAAGACCAUAUACAGGAAUGUACUGGACGAUGUCUAUGAAUACCCAAUACUGGAGAAAGAACUGAAAGAAUUUCAAAAGAUCCUUGGAAUGCACCGUCGUCACACCGUAGAUGAAUAUUCACCACAAAGGAAGAAUAAAGCCCUUUUCCACCAAUUCAGUCUCAAGGAGAACUGGCUCCAGCAUAGAGGAACUGUGACUGAAACAGAGGAAAUUUUCUGCCACGUGUAUAUAACGGAGCACUCCUACGUCAGCGUGAAGGCGAAAGUCUCCAGCACGGCCCAAGAGGUCCUGAAAGUUGUGGCGGAGAAGAUCCAGCACGCGGAAGAGGACCUGGCUCUGGUGGCCGUCACGUUCUCCGGGGGAAAGCAUGAACUUCAGCCCAACGACUUGGCCAUCUCCAAGUCCCUGGAAGCAUCUGGUCGGAUAUAUGUCUACCGGAAAGACCUGGCCGACACCUUGAACCCAUUUGCAGAAAAUGAGGAAUCACAGCAAAGGCCCCUGAGGAUUUUGGGGAUGAACACUUGGGAUCUCGCUCUGGAAUUAAUGAAUUUCGAUUGGAGUCUCUUCAAUUCAAUCCACGAGCAAGAGCUGAUCUACUUCACAUUCAGCAGACAAGGGAGUGGAGAGCACACGGUGAACCUCAGCCUCCUGCUCCAGAGGUGCAAUGAGGUGCAGCUCUGGGUGGCCACGGAGAUUCUGCUCUGCAGCCAGCUGGGCAAGCGAGUGCAGCUGGUGAAAAAGUUCAUCAAAAUCGCCGCACACUGCAAAGCCCAGAGAAACCUGAAUUCUUUCUUUGCUAUUGUGAUGGGUCUCAACACUGCUUCUGUCAGCCGGCUGUCGCAGACCUGGGAGAAAAUCCCUGGGAAGUUCAAGAAACUUUUCUCUGAACUUGAAAGUUUAACGGAUCCUUCCCUGAACCACAAAGCCUACAGAGAUGCAUUCAAAAAGAUGAAGCCGCCCAAAAUCCCUUUCAUGCCCUUAUUGCUUAAAGAUGUAACAUUUAUUCAUGAGGGAAAUAAAACAUUUUUGGAUAAUCUUGUCAACUUUGAAAAGCUGCACAUGAUUGCAGACACCGUCCGAACCCUGAGACACUGCAGGACCAACCAGUUUGGAGGAGACAUGUCUCCAAAAGAGCACCAGGAGUUAAAGUCCUACGUCAACCACCUGUACGUCAUUGACAGCCAGCAGGCCCUGUUUGAGCUCUCCCACAGGAUCGAGCCCCGGGCGUGAGCCCGCGCCGGCCUCCUCCCCUCCCCCCAGUAACUGCGGCACUUCGAGCUGCGGGAAUGUCAAUGCCAAGCACGUCCCUUUCCUGCGAGAAAAGAAGUUGCUGAGUUUUAUCAGUAACUCACAAGACAUACACAGGAAAGCCAACCGAAGCGUGCUCAGGAAGUGACGCCAGCCACCCGAGACGGGGAGGGGCCCGGCCUCUCCUCGCUGCGCUCAGAAGGAGAGGACAGAGGACUCAGAGCAUCUUCAAAUGGAGGAGUCUGGUUUCUUAUGCCGACGCUGUUGAUCCCAUCCAGUUUUCAAUUUGAGAUGUGCCAGCAUCAAGACAAGGGAGCCUGUCGUGUUACAGUGACCAAAUAUUUCAGUAAGAGUGCGCAUGAAACAGGAAACAGUUUUACUUUGCCUGGGAGCAGAUUAUUGUUUAUAGGCUGUCAGAGAAGUGGCUUGUUUGAACACCAGAAGACAGCAAUGGCAUCUCUGGAUUUCCAGGGAGACGGCGUGGUCUCUGUCGAUACAAACGAUGACAUCAGCAGAGGCCACUUGUGUCUGAGGAGUAAGUGAGGACCAGCAGCUGGCAUCCAUGCUCUCAGUUCCUAAAGGGAAAAAUGUCAGGGCGCGCGUUUCUUUGCGCCCACAAUCACUUAGGGAUGUCUGCUGGCCGGUGAAAUUUGUUUCUGCACAACUGAUCUGCAACUAUGGGCAGUUAGGAAUUAGGCUAAGUUGCUUUGCCAAUAAGGCAAAAUGGGAAUCUUUGGGAAAUUGACUCGCUGUUCAGUUUCUGGGGAUUUUCUUGACAUGUGCAGGCAGGCUCUCAUCUCCUAUUGGGAACAAUAUGAUUUUUGAAAGAGCACAGUGCCUGACACGUGGUGGGCGCUCUGUAACUGUUUACCAAGGUGACCGAGAGUCACAGAGGUUGCACUCUUGUGCCUGAUGUGCCCCAGUGCUCUGCACUCCUCCCAGGCUCCUUGCCCACAGCGUGCAGGGGUCACAACCUGUCCAGGGAGGGUAAGAGGGAUGGGAUGUGCAAGGCAUCCCUCCCUAGAGAAUAUCAAGGUCUGAAGAUGGUGGUGGUUGCCCGUCUCCCAGCAAAUGAAAAGAGCCCUGAAAUAUCCAAACGUCUGAUCUAUGCUGGACACUCACAAGUCCUGUAGUUCACCUUCCAACCAAGACAGCAGCCUGCCUUCCUAUAGUUUGUCUUUUUUUCCCCCCCAGAGUCUUUUUUAUGCCUAUUUUUAUAGAUUGGGGCUUCUCCAGUAAAUUAGACACUUGCUAUUCUCAAGAACUGAUUAAAGUUCCCUCUGCUUUCAAAAACGUCUGUGGGAUACAGUCAUGAAAUCCACCACAGCCAGCUGGACAUUUGUCAUGUUGCUAAAAUGCAAGGGCCCGGCUUCCUGUGUCAGGUCCACUCACAUUCCACACCUGUGAACCCCAGUGCACCGCUCCACACGGCCUCCUGCUCAUCUCUCAGGUGCCUCUGCAGAACCGCUUCCUUCUGUCUCUUCAGCACCUCCUUCCUGAGCUGCGUCCAAUGCUUCCCGACACCUUCAUAGCAGUGCUGUUUCCUGGGCUCAGGAGCCACGCUGAGCUUGAGAAGUCACCGGAAGGAGCCACAGAGCUUUCAAAGAACUUUCAAAGAGAUUCAGUCUGUCCCAGCACGUAAAAUUCAAUCCUGAAAAUUAACAGGGUUUUCUCAAAAGGCACAUCCAGGGCUGGUCCACUUAGAGUAAUGCUCCCGGCUGCAGGGAAUGGGAUGAGACCCACUGGAGGAGACCAGAGGCUGGAACCAGGGAAGGCAGACUUUUCUCAUGGCUGACCAAGCAGUGGGAAAACUCUCCUCUUGGCAGUUACUGCAGAGAGCACAGGCCUACAGCACACACAGGCGUUCUUGUCUGUUCUCUGUGCUUGAGGAGUAGCAUUUGCCCAGUCAAAUCAUCUAAGGCCAUUUUGACAUUGUCUCCAUGUUUUGCAAUUUAAAUUUUAUUCACGUAAGAUUUACAUCGCUCCAACUAAAACUAUUUCAGUUGCUCUAGGAGAGAAGUGUGUCAGUACCUGUUGCUUAGACUGCAAUUCAGAUAUCUGCAAUCCCAGCAAUUUAGACUGCAAUUCAGAUAUGUAAACAGUCGAACAAAUCUACACAUGCAUCAAGUUUAAACACAUCUCGAUGCUGUAGGCAGGACGUGCCUCACGCCUGGGUGGACACAGGCUGGGGAGAGCAUGGUACUGUGCACCAUUUCCUCCAGCCAUGGUCAGUGGCUCUCAGGGCAGCCAAGGGAAGGGAGGAUUUCAUUUAGUUUAGAUUUGCUUUUCCAUCCCCAGCUUCUGAAUGUCCACAUCUUUCUGAAAUUUAAGUGUCUCCAGAGAUGUCCCAGGCAGCAGCUCUCAGAAAUUUCAGAAGCUCUGAGGAGACAUUAAUCUAGAAUUAAAGAAUUCAAGGCGGAAUUGGAGCCAGGGUUAGCUCAACAUGAAGCUCUUGCUAAAACUCUGAGCUGUCCAGCAACGAGCGGCCAACGAGGGAUUUAGCAGCUCCCUGUUAAUAGGGAUGGGCCGUGUUCCCUCUCUGAAUAUUUGCCUCGGCCUCUUUGGAAUAGCUUUUGUUCUGGCCAGACGGGUGGACUGGAAGACUUCUAAGCUGCUUUCCAGCUCUUUUAGAUUUUUAUGAUCACAUAAAAUCUCCAUUCACGCUGAAAAUCUUCAUCUGCCCACCAUCACCGGCAAGCAGUGCAUGGGCCCUUCUGAGUGAUUCUCUUUGCUGCAGCACAGCUCUCAACAGUCCUGGGGGCCUGGAUUCGUCUGAAUCCCAGCAAACCAGUCCUGCUCAGAAGUUAGCACCAGACAAGUUCCUUAGGUAAUAUCGCAACCUUCCCGAAUUUAUUUUCUUGACAUACAUACUUACAGAUGCUCCAAAGACCACAGUGUUUCAGAUCCACUCUUUGUUAUAAUCUGCACACUUGCCAAAUGGUUGUCAUGAUAAAUAUUAUAGCCUGCAUUCACUUCAGUCUAGUAUCACUAAUUAUGCUUAGAAUAAACUCAUUCACCCAGAUCCCCAUCCAGAGGCAGGUCAGGUGGAGCGUUCACUGACCUCAGAAGCAGGAAGAUAAAGGAAAACCCCACCGCUCCCAGCUGGCAGGAGGAGACGUUGCACUAUGAGGCUUACCCACCCACCUCCGAGUGGGAGAAGCGGCUGCAGGAAAGAGAGAGGGUGCCGGUGACUUGGGGUCCCCAGAGCUGGGCUUGCCCUGCUGCCUCAGUCCCAGCCCGGCCACCUUGUUACAGCCACAAGUCACAAACGUGGUGUUCCCAAAUGGCACAACUAGCCCAAGCUUCUCAGAAACUAAGCAAAAACAUUACGAUGGGGACGGUCCGGUGCACUGCACUUGUCUAACACAGAGUUUCUUUUCAACGCUUCAAACAUGUCCUUAAAAUUUCAGCCUGCUUAUUAACGAGCGGGCCACUGUGCUGAAAACUAGUGGUGGGGGGGGGAGAGGCGGAGUUUUUAAAAAUUGCCAAAAAACUAGAUGAAAAUGUACUACUGUAAAAAGCAAAGCUGUAUAUACUAAACGUUUUUUAGCAGAGUACUAUUUAUUUGCAUAGCCUAUUUAUUGUAUUCGUAUCACACUUAUUAAAUACUGGGAUGAAAUCAGCGAGCUGAAGCGAGGACCCCUGCCCUUCAACGCGUCGUUAAUCAGGACUGCGGUGACGGUGACGUCGUCGGCUUGCGUUAACCAUUAGCAGAUAGAGAGCCCGCCUUCAGGGUGCCUACCUAACUUCUCAGGGACUACACCCGUACUUUUCCACCAUCUCACGAGCUGGUAAAUAUGAAACAUUGGUUGAGUUACCAGAAUUGCCAUGAACAGUAUUUCCUUUCUCAGAUUUCACGCUUUCCGCUUCUGUACAUACGACUGUGCUGUGUAUUUAUCUAUCGAAGCUAGUGAGCAAUAAUUUAUAUGUAAAAAUGGCCAAGCAAUAUAAGGUGAAAACUCAUAUAAGUCACUGUUACCUGACCUUGUAUUUUCAAGUGUUUUUUUUAAACUGCUUUUCCAAAUAUAAGAUUAUGUUAAAGAUA